AUGACUACCACUGCCACUGCCUCAAGCUCCUCAUCCUGGCCUCUCCCUCCGAUGAGCUACGAACCUCGUUCAGCAGCGCCAGUGAGGUCACUUCUUCCCAAGAGGGUCGACGUUGCUCAACUCACUCCAAACAAUCUCGGUCAGCUUCGAAAGCUGAACAGCGUCCUGUUCCCAGUGCAAUACUCUGAACGCUUCUACAAAGACGUUCUUGAUCCUGAUGCCGUUGAAAUCUGCAAGCUCGGUCUCUUCAACGAUGUCGCUGUCGGCACCAUUUGCUGCCGACUGGAACCUGUCUCUCAAGAUGUCGUCCGUGUUUAUAUCAUGACUCUUGGCGUACUGGCACCUUAUCGACGUCUCGGUAUCGCAUCUGCUCUCCUCCAGCACGUACUAGAACACGUCAAGCCCGGCAAAGAGAUCGAAAUCAUCGACAAAGAAGCACCCACCCCUAAGCCCAAGAAGGACAAGAACGGCAAGGAGACAAAGCCCGAGCCCGUCAAGAAGAUCGUCAAGGUCGAGUCUAUCUAUCUCCAUGUCCAGACCUCCAACGAAGAGGCUCGUAUCUUCUACGAAAAGUUCGGCUUCCAGGUCGCAGAGACAAUAGACAGCUACUACCGCAGAAUCCAGCCUGCAAGCGCAUGGGUCUUGAAGCUCCAGUAA